UGCAAAUUGUCAAUUUUGAGGCGGCUCGAAUUAGCGCUGUGAUUUUCAGUCGACUUCGUACUCCAUACUCCCACCAUCUGCUGGGACGCGGUAUAGCUUAUAUACGAAUAUGAAUAAUUCAAGCAUGUAUGACAUACUAUAAGAGGCUGAUAUGGAAGACCACUAAAUUUAAUGAAUAUCUAGUACAAAGCUUUAUUUUGACGAUAAUGAGAUGUCAUCCUUGAAACCACCAGAAUCCAAGCCUUCAAAAGUUAUUAUAAAAUUCCAGCCAGAGGAACCAGAACAGCCUUUAAAACAUGCAAUUAAAAUUAUUCAGCAGGCCUCGGAUGCAGAGAAGAAGACGCCUAAUAUAAUAGUUAGGUCAAUUGAUUUAAGCCAAGGCAUUGCAAUAACAAGGAGAUAUGGUGAAGGUGCAAAGCCUUUAUUUGAGCGCGAUGAUGUGAAAGUCAAUGCAAUUUCAGAUGCUCAGAGCGCAGAAAAAGGAACGAUAACAUGCAUCGAUCUUUCUAGUCCCAAAAGGAGUUGUCAGGAGACUGUUAAAAAAGAGUCGCAUAAAACCUCUGAAAAAAAAGGGGAUGAGCGGGGCAGUAAAGCUAAUGAUGACCCACAUAAAAAAAAGGAUCUUCCACACGAAUUGCAGUCUGAAAGUGUAAAGAAGCAUAAAGUGCCAUAUUUCAGCGAUCCAGUUCGUGAACGUGAUAGGUUAAGACGCUUAUAUGGUAGUCCCGCUAAGCAGAAAUCUCGUUCCCAUACACCACCGCAUUCUAGAAGACAGGCAUCUACCGGUCGCUAUUUGCACGAUAGUCCUACCCGAAGACGUUCUAGAAGUAGGCACAAACAUCGCAGUCGAUCUUCGCAACGAAUUCGUUCCCGGUCUCGUGGUCAUUCCUCAUACCGGGGCCACUCCCCAUCUCGUCAUUCCUCGUAUCGAGACCACUUCCCGUAUCGAGGCCAUUCUCCGUAUCGUGACCGAUCCUCGCAUCGAAGUCGUUCGCGCGACCGAACACGUUCACCGCAUCGCUCCUAUUCCUCGCAUAAAAAGCAUUCCCCCUCUCGAUCUCACAGGGAUCGCACUGAUAGGAGUCGACGACGAUCACGAACUCGAUCCCCAGAACAUGAGCGAUCCAGACACUCCAAUUAUACCAGACGUAGUAGAGACGUAGAUCGAAGCAGACAUGAAGAUAACAGAAUAGAUGAUUCGAAUCGUUUGAUGCCAUCUACGCCGUACAUACCAAUACCGGUGGGAGUACCGGAUUUUUCGUAUCCAUAUUAUGGGGCGCCUCCAAUGUGGACUCAAUACCCACCUCAUCGGGGUGGUCGAUUUUUUAGUCCAUCACCCACCAAUCUACAAUGGUUUGCCUCCUGGUGUCCGGUUUGUUCCCAUGCCUGCUCCUGCUUUUCGUGCAGUUCCGUUACAUAG